AUGGCGGAGCAAAGCAAGAAAAGUGAAAUGCUCUACCGCAGAGUAGGCAAUUCAGGACUUCAUGUCUCUGUGAUAUCGUUGGGAGGAUGGCUCACCUAUGGCGGGCAUGUAGAUGAAGAGGGAACAAUGAAGUGCAUGAAGCAGGCCUAUGACCUAGGUAUCAACUUCUUUGACACGGCUGAGAGCUAUGCUGCUGGCAAAUCCGAAAUUGCUAUGGGCCGGGCCAUUAAGGAGUUUAAAUGGAAACGCAACGAUCUGGUCAUCAGCACAAAGGUCAAUUUUGGCACCGCCCAUGGGGACUUAGAGAUCAACAACUGUGGACUGUCUCGAAAGCAUAUUAUCGAGGGAACAUUGGCUUCCCUCAAACGUUUGGAGCUGGACUAUGUCGACAUUAUCUAUGCCCAUCGUCCUGAUAGGCUUACCCCCAUGGAAGAGGUAGUUCGGGCUUUCAACUACCUCAUUAACAAAGGGCUGGCAUUCUACUGGGGAACGUCAAUGUGGUCAGCGGACGAGAUUGCUGAAGCGACUGGAGUUGCCAAAUCGCUCGGAUUAAUCGGGCCGAUUGUUGAACAGCCACUUUACAACAUGAUCGACCGGCAAAAAGUCGAGUCUGAAUACCAGCGAGUGUUGUCCCGGUGUGGAGUUGGAUUGACCGUUUUCUCGCCGCUGAAGGGGGGCAUUUUGACGGGAAAAUACAAUGAAGCGGCGGCAGAACCUCCCAAGGAUUCACGGAUUGCGGUCAGCCAGGAUAAGUAUACCUCGUCUGUCAGAAAGGGAUACGGGAACGAGGCCUGGAACGCGGACAUCCAGAAAGUGGCCAAGCUCAAGCCAAUCGCCGAUCGACUUGGAUGCAAACUAUCUGCGCUUGCCCUUGCCUGGUGCUUGAAGAAUGAACACGUGAGUUCUGUCAUCACGGGCGCCUCGAGACCGGAGCAGGUCGUCGAGAACGUCGGGAGCUUGAAGGUGCUUCCCAAGCUCACUCCGGAGAUAAUGGCCGAGAUCGACGACCUGUUGGGCAAUAAACCCCAACUCGAUCAGGCUAGAUUUGGUUAA